CUUGGCAUGGCGAGUGCGCUGGAGACAUUAUGCGGCCAAGCCUACGGUGCAAAGCAGUACUCGAUGAUGGGCACCUAUCUCCAGCGCUCAUGGCUCGUCCUCCUCGCCUUCGCGGUGCUCCUUGCUCCGACGUACAUCUUCAGCGGGCAGCUGCUCAUGGUCCUGGGCCAGCCCGCCGAGCUGUCUCGCGAGGCGGGCUUGCUCGGCAUGUACCUGCUCCCGCUGCACCUCAUGUUUGCCAUCCAGCUGCCGCUCAACAAGUUCUUGCAGUGCCAGCGCAAGAACUGGGUCAUCGCGCUGUCCUCGGUGCUGGGUUUCCCGGUGCACGUCGUGGCGACCUGGCUGCUGGCGCAGCGCUUUCAGCUUGGCGUCCUGGGCGCAGCGAUGUCACUCAACCUGUCCUGGGCGCUCAUCACGGGCCUGCAGCUCGCGUACGCUGUUGGCGGUGGGUGCCCAGAGACGUGGAGAGGGUUCUCGUCGUCGGCAUUCAUGGGCUUGAAGGACUUCGUCAGCUUGUCCGUCGCGUCGGGAGUCAUGACGUGCUUGGAGAGUUGGUACUACCGGUUAUUGAUUUUCCUAACGGCGUACGCGAAGAACGCAGAAUUGGCUGUGGAUGCACUGUCUAUCUGCUUGAGUUGGGCUGGAUGGGAGAUGAUGAUUCAUUUCGGGUUCUUAGCAGGCACUGGGGUGAGGGUUGCCAAUGAGCUAGGCGCCAAUAAUGGACGAGCUGCAAAGUUUGCGACGAUCGUGUCCACGACGACAUCAUUCCUGAUCUGCCUCUUAAUUAGUUCACUCGCACUCAUUUUCCAUGACAAACUCGCAAUACUGUUCACGUCUAGUGAGGCUGUGAUCGAUGCAGUUGACGGUAUUUCUGUUCUGCUAGCCCUCACCAUCCUCCUCAAUGGCAUCCAACCUGUGCUAUCCGGAGUUGCCGUUGGUUCAGGGUGGCAAGCGCUAGUUGCGUAUGUGAACAUUGGGAGCUACUACAUUAUCGGUGUUCCUUUCGGUGUUCUGCUAGCAUGGGGUUUCCACUACGGGGUCCUUGGCAUUUGGGUUGGAAUGAUCGGUGGCACGAUGGUGCAAACUCUGAUUCUUUCAUUUAUCACCUUACGAUGCGACUGGAAUGAAGAGGCACUGAAAGCUUCUAGCAGAAUGCGGACAUGGAGCAGCUCCAAGUGAAGCAUCAGCCGCUAUGGAUGAAUAUAUAUCAGGGAGGCGCGUUGAGUAGUAAUAAUUCAGAGGAUUUCAGAAUUUAUUAUUGUGGCCGUCAUUUGUUAGUUAUCAUCAAUCCC